CUUUAGCUCUAUGCAGGCGCGCUGUGUAGAAUAGGUUCAAGCUUGGCUCUCGUUCGUUUGUUCGUUAGGGAAGCCCAAAUCAAUAUACUAUUCUCCAACCUUAUCAGCCCAUGUCUAGAAGCCCAUUUAUCGGAGUCGGUCAUAAAUACAUAUUAUUUUAAUACUUUAAAGCGUAAUAUAUGCUUAUAUUUCCUCACUCGCAAAAACAAACAAACAUUCAAGACAGGACCGCGUGCUUCGGAUGGGACUAAACUUCUUCUGAGACAUAACGAUGCUGUGAAACAAAGCACACCCUUCUACAAGGUGAGCGCGUCAACCUAAGCCAAUCCCCUCAGAGCAUCUACGCCGGUCGCCGUGAAGAUGGACACAAAGGAGCGGCGGCACUGCUCCCUGACCCGGGGCCGCUGCAGGAAGGACUUCCACCAUGCUAUGGCGUCCCGGGAGCCCGAGGAGUGCCGCGUGGCCACCCAGAAGUCCUACAGCUCCAGCGAGACGCUCAAGGCCUACGACCCCGACACGCGCCUGCGCUACGGGGGCUGUGUUGCAGAGCUGGUGCAUCACGAACAUGAGGAGUACGUCCGUCAAGGGAGCUUCACACUGGCGGAGCUGGGAGUGAGUGACCAACAGGCCCAGCACCAGCACCAGACCCAGCACCAGCACCAGACCCAGCAUCAGCACCAGACCCAGCACCUGCACCAGGCUGCCUACCACUCCUCCCACUCAGAGCUGGGCCUGUUGCAGCAGGGCUACUCCCUCAGCACCGGCUCCGACGCAGACUCUGACCCAGAGGGGGUCAUGUCGCCGGAGCGUGCCGUUCAGCUGUGGGGGGGUCACGGGAUCAAGUCCCGUCGCAGCUCCGGCCUCUCCAGCAGGGAAAACUCAGCCCUCACACUCACCGACUCAGACAACGAACACAAGUCUGACGACGAGUCAGCAUACUUCGAUGAUGAAGGGGAUGAUGAGGAUGAGGAGGAUCUGUACAGUCCCCACCGCUUCAGUAAGUGCCAACUCACUUUCACCCCUCUACUGUGUACUGCAAAGGCAUCUGUGUUCUUACUACAACGGUGCCUUUUACAACCUUCAUCUGCAGUUGUUACCUUUUGAUACCACCAUCAAACACACUGUUGUGAAUUCAUCCUUCAUGGCAUUGUUCCAGUGCUCUAUUGUUGUUUUCAU